AUGCAAUGGAUUCAGCUCUCACUAAACGCCCCCCGGAGGAAGACCGGAGUCCUACAGAUUGUCAUGCGGAACGUGACUGGCAGCGGGAAAACCUUGGCAUUUGUGAUUCCUGCGUUAGAAAUUCUCCUAAAGCGAGAAGAGAAGUUAAAAAAGAUGCAGGUCGGUGCAUUGAUCAUAACACCCACCCGAGAGCUGGCACUGCAGAUCAGCGAGGUGAUGGGACGAUUUCUGCAGGGGUUUCCUCAGUUUAGACAGAUUCUUUUGAUUGGUGGAAGCAACCCUAUUGAGGAUGUGACUGGCAGCGGGAAAACCUUGGCAUUUGUGAUUCCUGCUUUAGAAAUUCUCCUAAAGCGAGAAGAGAAGUUAAAAAAGAUGCAGGUCGGUGCAUUGAUCAUAACACCCACCCGAGAGCUGGCACUGCAGAUCAGCGAGGUGAUGGGACGAUUUCUGCAGGGGUUUCCUCAGUUUAGACAGAUUCUUUUGAUUGGUGGAAGCAACCCUAUUGAGGAUGUAGAGAAGUUUAAGACUCAGGGAGCCAAUAUCCUAAUUGCGACCCCUGGGCGAUUGGAGGAUAUGUUCAGGAGGAAGGCCGAUGGGCUUGAUUUGGCCACGGCUGUGAAGUCUCUGGACGUUCUUGUCCUGGAUGAGGCAGACAGAUUACUGGACAUGGGCUUUGAAGCCAGUUUAAACACUAUUCUGGGUUAUUUACCCAAGCAGCGGCGCACGGGGCUUUUCUCUGCCACACAGACGCAAGAGCUGGAGAAGUUGGUGAGGGCUGGUCUGCGCAACCCUGUGCGAAUCACAGUGAAGGAGAAAGGUGUGGCGGCCUCAAGCGUGCAGAAAACACCAGCCAGACUCAGCAAUUAUUACGCAAUAUGUCGAGCAGAGGAGAAGUUCAACACUUUAGUGGCGUUUCUCAGGCAGCACAAACAUGAGAAGCAGCUUGUGUUCUUCAGCACCUGUGCCUGUGUGGAGUACUUCGGUAAAGCCCUGGAAGGCUUGAUCAAGAAUGUCAGCAUCCACUGCAUUCACGGGAAGAUGAAGCAUAAACGAAACAAGAUCUUUGCAGAUUUCCGGGCGCUGAAGAGUGGGAUUCUCGUGUGCACAGACGUCAUGGCCAGAGGCAUCGACAUCCCAGAAGUGAACUGGGUGCUUCAGUACGACCCACCAAGCAGUGCAAGUUCCUUUGUGCAUCGGUGUGGACGAACUGCACGAAUCGGAAACCAGGGCAACGCACUCGUCUUUCUUCUGCCAAUGGAAGAGUCUUAUGUAAAUUUCUUGUCCAUUAAUCAAAAGUGUCCUCUUCAGACGUAUCCUCCAGUGAAAGACGUGGUUGAUGUUCUACCUAAACUGAAGACGAUGGCUUUAGGUGACAGAGCCAUGUUUGAGAAAGGCAUGAAAGCCUUUGUGUCGUGUGUGCAGGCGUACGCCAAACACGAGUGUAGUCUGAUAUUUCGCAUUAAAGACCUGGAUUUUGCUGCUCUGGCCCGUGGCUUUGCUCUCCUCCGUUUGCCCAAAAUGCCUGAACUGAGAGGAAAGACCUUCCCGGACUUCAAACAGGAGGCCAUCGACACAGACACCAUCCGCUUUAAAGAUAAAAACAGGGAAAAACUGAGACAAAAAAGGCUGGCGGAGCUGAAAGAAAAAGAGAUGCCAUUAAAGAGGAACUUCAUCAAGAACAAAGCCUGGUCGAAGCAGAAGAACAAGAAGGAUAAAAAGAAAAAGAAGGCUGCCAAAAGAAAAUUGGAUGAGGAGUCAGAUGUUGACGAAGAAGACUUAAACGAGCUUUUAAAUGACACGCGUCUGCUGAAGAAACUCAAGAAAGGUAAGAUCAGUGAAGAGGACUUUGACAAGCACUUGAGUUCAGCGGGCAGCUCACAUCCCAAACGAGCAGAGGCGAACAGUUCUGAUGGAGACGGAGAAUGAACUGUCAUUUCUGUGACUUUAUGCACCUAAAUUGACUGUCAUUUGACUUAAAUAUGCAGAUAUGCUGUAUCAGCAGUGUCAUUUUCAUUCUGGUUGUCUGUGUACUGUACAAGAAGGAUGCAUUCUUAACAAAUGCGCUUCUGUAUUAAUUAUCAACCAUAUACAUCAAUGUUCAAAUAUGAUAAAUAAACAUUUCUA